AGAGCAAAAAGAGGCGAGCAAACGACUCCCGGAAGUGACGUUUGACAACACCUCUAGCACGUAGUAAUGACACUAAAAGUCUUGUAUUCACAUUCAUCUGAUUUUACAUUGAUCGUUUUCUUCGAUCAUAUGUUGAUUGUCAAUCAAUCCGCGUAAGGGCAGGUAACUAUGGGUAAGGGGUGUAAGGUUGUGGUUUGUGGUAUGGCAUCUGUGGGGAAAACAGCCAUCCUGGAGCAGUUACUGUAUGGCACUCACACUGCAGGUGCAGAAACAAACGACACUCAGGAGGAUAUAUAUGUGGCCUCUGUCGAGACGGACCGUGGUGUGAGAGAGCAGUUACGUCUCUAUGACACAAGAGGGCUGCGUGAGGGACUGGACUUACCCAAACACUUCUUCUCUGUGGCCGACGGCUUUGUGCUGGUCUACAGUGUGGACAGUCUGGAGUCAUUCAAAAAAGUCGAGCUCUUGAAGAAGGAAAUAGACAAGUCCAGAGACAAAAAAGAGGUGAUGGUGAUCGUGUUGGGGAACAAGUGUGACCUGCGGGAACGUCGACAGGUGGACCAGGAUGCUGCCCAGCAGUGGGCACGUGGGGAGAAGGUCAAACUUUGGGAGGUGACCGUGACAGACAGAAGCUCAUUAAUCGAACCCUUCACCAGUCUCACCAGCCGCCUCACACAGCCACAAAGCAAGUCUGCCUUCCCUCUGCCUGGCCGCAAGAGCAAGGGAACCCCCUCCAACGACAUCUGAACACCGCACACUGCCACAGUUUCAGCACUAUGUUUGGUUGUCUAUACUUCUUUCAGGGUACUUAAGAUGUUUAAGGGCUUCUAGAGAAAGAGCUAGGACUAGAUCUAUUUAAACAUAAAUAAAUGCACUGAUUUUUUAGGUUGUGUUUGUGCUCACUAUUGGGAAAAGGGUAGAACAUAGAUGCAGUAGUUGGAAAAGUUGUUUUUUUGUUUUGGAACAAAUUUUGGGAAAUGCCUAGGAGUCAGGUGAAUCUCAUGAAAAAAUUUUUUCGAAACAAUAUUGCAUAAAGUAGAACCUAUUUUUGAACCAUUAAGAUUUUUUGGGUAACACUUUACAAUAAGGUUUGUUAAAAUUAGUUAACUACAUCAGUUAACAUGAACUAACAAUGAAAAAUAUUUUUAAAGCGUUUAUUAAUCUCAGUUAAUGUUAAUCUCAACAUUUAUUAAUACAUAAUUAAAAUCAAAAUUAUAUAUCUGUUAACAUUAAUGAACCUGAGCUAUACAUUAACUAACAAUGAACAGUUGUAAUUGUAUUAAUUAAUGUUAACUAAGAUUAAUAAGUACAAUAUAGAGGCAUUGCUUAUUGUUAAUUUUAAUGCAUUAACUAACCCUAACUAAUGGAACCUUGUUAAUGAUUUAAAAAGAAGAAGAAGAAAAAAAGAUUAGGAACCCAAACUGUAAAGCAAAACGUUUAAUUCAUAUCACUGCAGUUCUUCCAAAUUUUGAACAUUGGGUUUUUAUAAUUAUUCUGAAUUAUGAUUAUUAAUUCAUUUAAAAAAAAAAAAUACUCUCGUUUUUUUUUUUUUUUUUCAAUUGAAUCUGGCAGUACAACAAAUACUACUAUGAUGAUUGUUUUUUUAUUUAAUUUCAAUCUUUUUUUACAUUAUAAUUAUUGAUUAUGCUUUAGUGCUUUGUGCAAAAUAUAAUGUAUACAUUUUAUAAAAUAAUUUAUUCUUAUUAUUAUUACUUUAUUUUGGGGUGGAAUCUGACCUGGACAUGAGAAUCACCAGUUGCAUUUAUACAAAAUGGUAUAAUGGCAUUGUAUAAAGAAAAUGGACCAUUUCACUGCUUGUUCCAUGUCCUUCAGAUGUGAACUUCAACUUCAUUUCAGCCAAGAACUGCCAUCAAGUGCUUUAAAAUGACAGUUAAUAAACACGUUGUAUAUUAAAGUCAUAUAAUAUGAAAUCUUCCAGUAUUAUUUACAAAUAUAACUAUACUCUUAGCUUUACAAUCCCAAAGCCACGAAUCUUAUAAUCAUGUAGCUAAUGAGAUGAAGCUGUGUAGGCUAUCGUUUUAAAUGGCACAAAUAACAUGAUGUUAAGGAAGCUGCCUUUGUUGCUAUAGCAAGUAGUGGAAAAUUCCAGCGGUUUCAAUCAAAAAUUGUGAAAUUCUCGUCUUAGCACGUUCUAAUUGAUUUAACAGAUAUUUAAAUAAAGACAUGUAUGUCUUAUGCACUAUGUAAUGUGUUGAUUCAACAAAAAUAUUUAUUGACUGGCUACACUGUUUUUUUUUUUUUUCUUCCUACUUCAGUUUAAAAUUUGCACAUCUAAAAAAGGUCAUGUUUCUUUAACAGCAGAGCCUGUAAACUCCUUCUGUAAGAUAAGAUCAAUGAACAAUGUGUGUUUUGAAGAUUAUUUCACUUUUCAUUGUUCUAUAUUCAACAGUCCUAAAUUACCAAUUAAGAGUCUAGUCACAUUUUGUUCUAAAAUCAAAAGAAAUCGAUUUAUAUUUUCCUUAUAGAAAAUGAAGCCUAUUUUAGGACCACUGCAUCACGACAAUUUUCAUGACGAUGAAAAACACCCCACCACUCCCAAUACAAUUCUCAUUACCAUAAUGUAUAGGAAAAUCUCGUUCUCAUUAGAAUCAGCAUAAAUUAAAAGCAGCACAACAAAUGUAAUGAGAAUGAGAUUUCACAACGCAGAAAAGUCUUAAAUGUAUGUUUCUUUGAUUUUGGAGUGACAUGCUCUUGGCAGGCUUUGUGACAUUUCCACUGUACCAGAAAUAUAAAAUAAACAUUUCCACCUGAA